AUGCGAUGCGAUCUCAGCUGUUGUAUUCAGAUAACUUAUCAAUGCAUUCUUGUUAGUGGCCUGUAGAAAUAUGAAUUGGUGUGCAAUCAGUGAUCUCUAAUAUUAAAAAUAAACAGUUUUUUUUUUUUAAAUAAGUGGUGGUUUAAAUUCUAAUAAUUAUUUAGAGGUAAAUUAUGCACUAAUACAAACAGGCUGUCAGUUUCCAUUGAGGCGGUGUGUUGACCUAUCGAAUUCGCGGAGUAUUUUGCAGUGUAAUAUGAAGUUGUUGACGAUAAUCACACUGUUCGUGCCACUCAUUAGUGCCGAUAUAUUCCCGUUAUCCAUUAUCCACAUUAAUGAUUUUCACGCAAGAUUCGAGCCUACGGAUACAUCAGGCGGCACGUGUGAUGCUGGCGAAGAAUGCAUCGGCGGCUUGGCGCGAACCAUUUACACUGUAAAGCGAUUACUCGAAGAACAAAAGGACCAAAAUCCGGUUUACUUCAAUGCAGGCGACAGUUUUCAGGGCACACUUUGGUACAAUAUCGGGCGUUGGAAUGUGACAAGCCAGUUUCUGAAUAUGCUUCCCGCAGAUGCUAUGACACUCGGCAAUCAUGAGUUUGAUCAUGGCAUUGAGGGUGUUGUGCCAUUUCUGGAGAGCAUCAAUUCACCUAUGUUGGUAGCAAAUAUGGAUGCAAGAGAUGAACCGGAUAUGCAGGGCAAAUACCAAAAAUCGAUAAUAAUCGAACGUAGUAACAGGAAAAUCGGUGUCAUCGGCGUUAUUCUCGAAACCACCUAUGAUUUAGCCAAUACUGGUAAUUUGAUCUUCCAAAAUGAAAGCACUGCCAUACGUGAGGAAGCUCAAAAGCUGAGAGAACAGGGUGCUAAUAUAAUUAUUGCCAUUACGCAUUGCGGCUAUGAUGUGGAUAAAUUAAUUGCACAGCAUGCCGCUGAUGAUGUCGAUGUUAUAGUGGGAUCCCACUCGCAUACUUUCCUAUAUACGGGCGAUAAAUUACCCGGUCCAGACACGCCAUAUGGUCCGUAUCCCACCGAAGUUGUGCACGAAAAUGGUCAUCGCAUUUUGAUUGUUCAAGCGGCAGCUUAUGCGAAAUAUGUUGGAAAUAUAACAGUAUACUUCGAUGAUGAUGGCAACGUGGUCGACUACUCGGGUGCACCGAUUUAUAUGGGAUCCAGUGUGCCAGAGGACCCAGAAACUGCGGCUGCAAUUGUACCUAUUAAAGAGGAGAUGGAUAAGGUAGGGGCAGUUGUUCAGGGUGAGACUAAAGUGGAGUUGAGAAAAUCAACCUGUAGCAGUGAUGAGUGCAAUUUGGGAAACUUCUUUUGUGAUGCUAUGAUACACGCUUUCACUGGCUUAACACCGUAUUCGGAGGGAUUGUGGUCUAACGUUUCCAUUGGAAUUGUAAAUACCGGUGCACUGCGUGUACCCUUGUCCCCAGGAAAUAUUACUUAUUCGCACAUAGUGACGAUGUCACCGUUUGAAAACAAACUCACUGCAUUCAACAUACCUGGUCAUAAGCUAAUAGAAGCAUUGGAAUACAGUGUUAGUCCCAUUGAUUUGGAUAGUGGAGUUACCAGCUCCUACAGAUUUAUUCAAGUAUCUGGCCUUAAGAUAACCUACAAUUAUGCUAACCCAACCGGAGAAAGAGUGGUCGAUAUUAAAGUUCGUUGCUCCGAGUGUGAUAUACCUGUUUACGAGGAUUUCGAUUCUACAAAAAUUUAUCGUGUUGUCGCACCAGAUUUUCUAGCAGAAGGAGGCGAUGGUUUCGCAAUGUUAAGAGAUUAUGGCUAUGAUUUUCAAAAAGAGAUGUCCGACUUGGAUGCUCUGCUUUCAUACACAACUCAAGUAACUCCAAUUUUCAUCGGAAAGGAAAAACGUAUUACUGUACUACGGAAGUAAUGUAAAUGCUAAAUUCUUACUGUUGAUGGAGCAAAUUUGAUAUUGAAAUUAAAAUAAUAACAAAUAAACAACAUAAAUGUUAAAUUAAUAAAAAACAUUAAUUGUUAAUUUGAGCUUUACUUUUGAUCAUAACCGAUACUAAUAAAUAUUAAAUUAUGUAUAAAACUAUA